UCCGGUUCAUACACGUUUUCUGUUUCAAGUUAUCUGAGGUCCAUUUGAGGGAACAUGGAACUUUAUAUCCACUUUCCCUGAGAGAAAAAACCAAUCAUGCUUAUUAACUACUGCGAAAUUCCUAGUUUUGUUACGAUGAAACAGGUUUCAAAUUUAUUAUCAUUAAUAUUGCAUCCAUUUUGAUAUUUGUAAUGACUGAUAUUUAACCCAACUCGGCAACUGUUGUAACUAAGGAAAGUUGUUUACAAAGAUGUCAAGGAAAGUUUGUAACGGGGAAGCAUUUCCAUUAAUUUAAAUGUACGAGAAGGUAUGCCCGGAAUUCCUGGACGAAAGACUGUGGUAUGUUAUAUUUGUGGUAGAGAAUUUGGAUCACAGUCAUUAUCAAUCCAUGAGCCACAGUGUUUGAAAAAGUGGAGGCUUGAAAAUGACAAGAUACCCAAACAACAACGAAGGAAAACGCCAACAAAACCAGAGAUAUUACCUGAAAUAGAUGGGAUGAGUAAUAAUGAAAGGUUUAAUGAAGCCGCCAGACAGAGUGCACAAUCUCAGUUGCUGCCUUGUCCAAAUUGUGGUAGAAAAUUUAACCCAGACAGACUGCCUGUACAUCUGAGAAGCUGUAAAUCAGAUAAAAAGAAAAAUCAGAACUCUGGAAGGGAGGAACUUCGCCCAAAAACAGCAGUGUUGAAUGCUCCUAAAUUUAUUGAUAAAAAUAAUACAGUUGACAUAGAAAAACAAAGUACAAGGAAGGAAGUUGUUUCAAGACAAAACGGACCCAUGAAAAGGAAUUCAAUAACAAGCACUGGUUCAGGUUCAAGAUCCUCACUAAAUGUAUCUACAUCUGGAAUUGAAAGAGAGGGUACAUAUACAUCACCAAAUAAAACUUUGCCGAAAGCAAAGAUACCACCUGGUCCAAAUUUUGUCUUAUGCUAUAUUUGUGGAAGAAAGUUUGGCACAGCUUCUAUUACAUUUCAUGAGCCGCAAUGUUUAGAAAAAUGGAAGAAAGAAAAUGAACUUUUACCAAAAGCCCAGAGAAGAAAAUUACCAGUAAAACCAGAAGUUGUUUCCAGCAAUGGAAGUUAUGAUGUGGAUGCUAUGAAUGCAGCUGCAUGGGAGAGUGCACAGUCACAGUUGAUACCAUGUGACCGUUGUGGUAGGACAUUUGCCUCAGAUAGACUGUCUGUACAUCAACGAUCAUGUAAACCCACUGGUGGUGUAAAGAAAGGCCCUGGUGGUUCUUCAACAAUCACAUCUAACCCAAACCCUAAAAGUAGCACAACAACGAAUGUGGCCCCUGAGAAGCCAACUUUUGUUUUAUGUUACAUUUGUGGACAAAAGUAUGGUUCUAAAUCUUUAUCAAUUCAUGAACCUCAAUGUUUAGAAAAAUGGAAAAUGGAAAAUGAAAAAUUGCCCAAAGGUCAACGACGCAAAUUACCUAAAAAGCCAGAGGUAUUGCAGUCUGGUGGAAAGUUAAAUGUCAAUGCUAUAAAUGAUGCAGCAUGGCAAAGUAGUCAAGCUCAACUCUUGGCAUGUGAAAACUGCGGCCGGACUUUUAAUCCUGACCGUCUUUCUGUUCAUCAGAAGUCUUGCAAGCCAAAACCAGGUCAAGCUGCAAACACAGAUAAUAACACCUCUAGAACUAGUUUAAAUAACACACCAACAGGUUCAAAAACAGUAACAGCAGUGCAGGGACCUAGAACAGUUGUUUGCUAUAUAUGUGGAAGGGAAUUUGGAACAAAAUCCCUUCCUAUUCAUGAGCCACAGUGCUUAGAAAAAUGGAAAAUAGAAAAUAAAAAUUUGCCCAAGGAAAGGAGACGACCAAUGCCCAAAAAACCAGAAUUUGGAAAAACAGUUACAAGAGAACAGAUGAAUGAACUAGCAGCAGAAAACGCAAAAUCCCAAUUGAUACCAUGUCCAAACUGCAGCCGUACCUUUGCUCCUGAUCGUUUGGAUGUUCACCUGAGGGCCUGCAAAUCUAAGACAGGUAAAGGAGGUGGAAAAACAACAGAGGUUAAAAGAAGUGAUCCUUCACAAUCCACUAAAGCACCUGUGAUAAGAAGACCACCAACAAUGGUUUGUUAUUUAUGUGGUCGUGAAUUUGGCUCCAAGUCCAUUAGUAUACAUGAGCCCCAGUGUCUAGAAAAGUGGAAAAUUGAGAACAAUAAACUUCCAAAGCAUCAGCAAAGACCACCACCUAAAAAACCUGAGAUUCAGCAUGUUACAGGGAAAGGGUCAUAUGAUGUAGAUGCAUUUAAUCAGGCUGCAUAUGACAGUGCUCAGUCUCAGCUGUUAGCAUGUGAGAAUUGUGGUCGUACAUUUAAUCCAGAUCGACUUCCUGUGCAUCAAAGAAGCUGUAAACCAAAACCAAAACCAGAAUGAAACAGAAAAGUUUUAGGUUUGAAGAACUUAUGGUGAAGCAUAGUUUGAAAUAUGAAAGCAGAGAAUUGUCAGUGUCCUUUUACCACUUAACCCACAGAAUAGUCUAGAAUGUUCAGCUUUUGAUGACUUCUACAGUAUUGCACAAUGUAUUGCAUUUCAUUAUAGAAAUUUUAUUAUAGAAAUAGACCCAACAGUUGAAGUUUUAUGACUUAAUGAAUUCCAAAAAAUGGACAGAACUGAACUAAAUAAUUAUAGAGAUCUAUAUGAAAUUGAACUUUUCUAACCAUUGUGAAUGCCUCUAUCUAUACUUUCAUAAAUUAUUUAUUUAUGUUAUUGUAUUGAAAUAUGUAUAAUUAUCGCUAUAUCUUUGUAAUUUGGCUUGUGAGAAUAAAGAUAUAUGUGACCAAGGAAAAAGCAGCUUCAUUUUAUUGUGUAGGACUUUUAUAUUUUAGACUUUAAUUCUCUGUGUUUUAUAAUUCGUUGUAUUUUUAUAUUUUUCGUUUCUAUUUACGAAGACUGGACUUAAUAAAAUCAACAUGCUUUGA